CCCUCGCCCUGAUGAGCCCCCUUCCGGUGCACCAUCUCCUGACUCCCAGCCAGAUCCAGCUUCUGCUUCAGCAGCAGCAAGCCGUGAUGCUACACCAGCAACACAUGAAGGACUUUUACAAGCAGCAGCAACAACAGAUUUACCUCCAACUUUUGCAGCAGAAGAACCCAGAGAAGAGACCCUCCUUACAGCAGCUGCUGUUUCAGCAGUUGCAGCAGUUGGGACAACUCCUCCUGCCCUCACACGCCCUGGCUCCAGGUGAAAGUAGAGGAAUUAGCCCAGACUGUACCAACUCUACCACCACCCCACCGUCUACCCCCUCCACAGCCUCAGUGAACCUGGACCAGGAGAAAUCUCAACCCCCCCGCAGAACUGAAUGCGUCCCUGAUGUGGAUUGCUCAGCCACACAGCGGCUCUACAGUCACGGCGUGUGUAACUGGGCUGGCUGUGAGUGUGUUUGUGAAAACAUCUGCCAGUUUGUGAGACACCUGGGUAAUGAGCACCCCCUGGAUGUCCGCAGCACUGCCCAGUGCAGGGUCCAGAUGCAGGUGGUUCAGCAGCUGGAUCUCCAGCUUUCUAAAGAGAGAGAGCGUCUCCAAGCAAUGUUGGCUCACCUGCAUCUGCCACCAGAGCCUCAGACACCAUCCUCAUGUCUGCCCCCUUCGUCUACAGAGCUGCAACAGGAGUCCCCUCCACCUGCGGCGGCCCCAGGCAGCCCCCUGUCUCUGGGGUCUGGAGGACCCUACCCCCCCUACCCCGCCACCACCCCCAGCGCAGGAGCCCUGAAACACCACUCCGAGCAACACCCGUCCUUCCUUCCCCUGUCCUCAGAUACUGGACAAAUUUUCGAGCUGUACGAGAAUGCAGAUAUCCGACCUCCUUAUACCUACGCAACUCUGAUAAGACAGGCCAUAGUGGAGGCACCAGACCUGCAACUCACUCUCAGUGAGGUCUACAGUUGGUUCACCAGAACAUUCGCCUAUUUCAGACGCAACGCAGCAACUUGGAAGAAUGCCGUGCGGCACAACCUGAGUCUGCACAAGUGCUUUGUGCGCGUGGAGAACGUGAAGGGGGCCGUGUGGAUGGUGGACGAGGAGGAGUACCUGAGGAGGCGGUCUCAGAAGAUCUCAGGCUCAUCGGUGGGGAAGCACCUGGCCUUGAGCCUGCCGUAUGUGACCACCGUCACAGCCAGAGCGCAGACUGCCCUGGCCGAGGCUGCUGGGACGAGGAGGGGAGACCCAGGGACCAGGAGGGGAGACCCAGGGACCAGGAGGGGAGACCCAGGGACCAGGAGGGGAGACCCAGGGACCAGGAGGGGAGACCCAGGUGUGAGAAGGGGAGACCCAGGCUGUAUCAGCAGCAGCUGCCAGGAGCCCCAGGACUCUGACCCCCCCAGCAGACCUGGUUCCCCUCGACACGCCCAGAGGCCAAUCAUGGAAGACCAAGAAUGUCUGUCAGUGGUGACAACAACCAAUCACAGCCCAGAACCACGGCAGGAUGCAGAGCUAGAAGAGGGGCAGUUAUCAGACCUGGACUGACCCCAUGUGACCUGCAAGGUGCAUAGCCUCCCCACAUGGCUUCAGACAUACACGUUUUCAUAAAAUAAAUGGUGUCAACUAUUGAUCCCAGCAUUCAGAAUACGGUGCUGUAAUGAAAACUUUCCUCUGGAGAUUUCUGUUCUGUGUUCAGCUUCCAGCAGUGUGUGUACACAGUGUUAGGGGGGUGUGGUUGUGUGGUAGCAUUUACACAUAGUGAUGUUUCUUCCCUCAAACUGUUGACAAUAUGUAAUUGUUGUCAGUGAUUCUAUGUGUCUGUAGUGUCUGUGAAACACUAAACUUAAAAAUGCGAAGAGAAUGUAGUUUUUUUCACAAAUGUUUCAAUGUAUUCACAAAACAUGUGAAUGUUCUGUGUUUAUGGCUGGAAUAGACCCAAACUGUAAAGUUUUUAAGCAUGCAACACUCUCUACCUCCUAACAGAAAACACUAUAUGGUGUAUGUCCUA